ACAACGUUCUGGCGAGGAUCGCGCGUGCGACGAAUGGGAACCCCGGACGCGCACGAUCCACGAACGAGAUCCACGCUGAAAUCGGCGAAGGGAUAAAUGCUACUGCUGCCGCUGGAUAGGGAUGCAACGUCGUUUCGCGAAUUAGUUAUGGUUCUGGAUGGUGGCACGCGGGGAUAAACCACGAGGAGAGAGCGUGACAGUGAUGUGGGUGUACCCGGGAUCCUCGUUUCGCAGUUUCCUACGGUCUUUGUGAAUAACUGAUAAGGAGGUCGAGGUGCGCGAAAAUCCGACGACGGGGUUUCUUGGCGGAAGAACGAGGAUACAGAAGCGGCACACGGGACGAAGAAGAGAGCGACAGCAUGAAGGACCAUCCUGGAAGAUGGUUGUACGUUGUGCUGCCGUUGAUCACGUUCCUUUCGCAUCAGACCGAGUGCGCGGUGAAGAGCGGUGGAUCGGUGGUGGAACACCAUCCGUCUUCUGACUGGGAGCACCUCUUUAGUCAACCUUACUUCGACAACACGACGAAGAGGGAGACCACGACGACGACCGUCGGCCAAACCGUUUACCUGAACUGCAGGGUGCGCAAUCUUGGCGAUCGUGCCGUUUCGUGGAUCAGGCAACGGGAUUUGCACAUUCUCACCAUAGGAAUCUUAACGUACACAAGCGACCAGCGUUUCCAGUCGUUGCACAACGACGGAAGUGACGAAUGGACCCUGAAGAUUACUUCGCCGCAGGUUCGAGAUAGCGGAAUAUACGAAUGUCAAGUAUCAACCGAACCGAAAAUCAGCCAGGCUUUUAACCUAAGCGUCGUAGUGUCGAAGGCGGAGAUCAGUGGUAAUUCGGAGCUGUACAUCAAAAGCGGAAGCGACAUCAAUCUAACCUGCAUCGUACUGCAGACACCUGAGCCGCCGUCCUUCAUUUAUUGGUACAAAGGUGACCAUGUGAUAAAUUACAGCCAGAGAGGAGGCAUCAACGUAGUCACCGAAAAGCAAACGCGAACGUCGCGUCUUUUGAUCUCCAGAGCGUUACCUGAUGAUUCUGGGAAUUACACAUGUGCUCCGUCUACGAGCGAGUCAGCCAGUGUCCUGGUCCACGUACUCAAUGGGGAGCAUCCAGCAGCGAUGCAGCACGGGAAUUCUAGCAGCAGCGGCGCAGCAACGAGGACGCUCGCGUUGCUCCUGUUGCUCCUGCACGCCGGCUCGUUCGCAAGGUGACUGGCCGAUCACGAAGCCUUCCAAUAAGAACACGAUCAAAGUCGUUUCUCCUUCGCGUAAUCGAACAAGGACAGAGUGGAAGGGGGGAUAGAAAGCAACAGCGAGGAAGCGUCGUCUCCGUCAGCAGUAACCACCUUGUGCCCCUAUAUAUCACCUUUGAUCUUCCUUUUAACUGAUCAACAAAGAGAGCAGACCGUCAGGAUUGUCAAAGGGACUCCUGGCAAAGAAGUAUCGAGGUACUUCGAGGCCCAGCGACCACUGG